CGCACACACACACACACACACCCUCCAGAGCGCAGCGGGGUUCAGACACUUCACUGCUGCCUGUAUGAAACUUCAGAGACGGUGUUUUUGCUCAUACCAGAGUUCUUCCUCCUCAUUCAGCUCGGUUCAGUUUCCUCGAAUAAAGGGCAGAAAAAGAUGCUGCGCUGCUGAGACGCACUGACUGGACUGUGUUGAGGCCGUUAAACUGAACUCGUGUAAGUCUGGGGCAGCUGGUGAUGCCGGUGGAGAUAACAAGCCUCGAGCUGGCGCAGAUGGUGCGCGCGCACUGCGCGCUCCCGCUGCUGCUGGACUGCAGGCCGUUCCUCGCGUUCUGCGGCGCGCGCGUGGCUUACUCGCACAGCGUGAACUGGAACUCGGUGCUGAUGCGCAGGCAGCGCGCGCGGGCCGGGAGCGGGAUGGGCGUCGGGAGCGCGCGCCCCCUGGAGCGCCUGGUGGCCGACCGCGCGCUGCUUCGCCGCCUGCGCGCCGGGGAGUGCGCGCGCGUGGUGGUGCUGGACGAGGCGAGCCGGUCGGUGCGCGAGCUGCGGAGAGAGAGCGUGGCCGGGCUGCUGCUGCGCGCGCUGCAGGAGGAGCUGAGGGAGGACAGCACGGAGGUGUGUUUCCUGCAAGGUGGCUUUGAUGAGUUUGCAGCGUCGUAUCCUGACUUGUGUUUAAACACACCGCUCAUGUGUGGGAGUCCCACCGCUGUCAGUGACCCAGAGACCCUCAGCUCGACCAAGACCACACCUCUGUACGACCAGGGUGACCCCGUGGAGAUCCUGCCCUUCCUGUUCCUGGGCAGCGCUCACCACUCGUCUCGGAGAGAGACGCUGGAGCGCUGCGGCAUCACGGCCGUCCUCAACGUCUCCUCGUCCUGCCCCAACCUAUUCGAGCAGGAGCUGCAGUACAUGACCCUGAGGGUGGAGGACAGCCUGGCCGCAGAUAUACGGGUGCUCUUCCCUGAGGCCAUCGGCUUCAUCGACUCUGUGAAGGAGAGUGGUGGGCGCGUUUUAGUCCACUGCCAGGCGGGCAUCUCCCGUUCCGCCACCAUCUGCCUGGCGUAUCUGAUCCACGCCCGCCGCGUGCGUCUGGACGAGGCCUUCGACUUCGUGAAGCGCAGACGGCAUGUCAUCUCCCCAAACCUGGCCUUCAUGGGGCAGCUGCUACAGUUCGAGACGGACGUUCUGCGUCCUUACACUGUUCUGGACUCAAAGAACGGCAGCAGCGUGUUUUAGUGCACAGCAAACAUGCAUGAAGACCUCUGAAUGAAGUGUUUGAUGCUAGUAGCAAGAUGGACCACACUAGCGUCACUGGCCGGCGAAGCUGAUUUUCAAACUGACCUAGUUGGAUCAAACCUCGCUGAUGGCUGUCAUAGUGAGGUUUUGAUAGCACAGCUGUUGCUAGUAAAUUCCCUAAGAGGUCUUCAUACACGUAUGAGGGUCUCCCGCAGUCUUCUCUUCGAUCUACACUAUGAGCCAACACAGUGAUGAAGGGUGUGACCUCAUUUAUUCAGUUUACAUGGUAGAGGGCACUACUAGACCACCAGGGGCGUAAAUCUCUCACCUCACAACAGUUCAGUUUUGAUUAGGAAGCAUUCAGCGCAUCAUGAAAUCUCACAUUGUGACAAAAUUUGAUUAAAAUUAUUUUCAUGUGCAAAAAUAGAGAAAUUGGUGUGCAAAGGUUUGUGCACCCCAGUCAGAUUACCUGGUCUGUUGAUUUUGAAAGUGAAAAUAAGCACAUUUUGAUGCACAAUUACUUUGUGUUUGCUGAGUUUAAUAUAUUGGAGUAAAAAAUAAAAACAUGAAAUGUGCUCUGUGCAAAAGUUAUGGCACAUUUUACAUUUUAUGUUUUAUUUUUGCCAAUAUGUCAGUUUCAGCAAAUACAUAGAAAUAGUGCACUAACAUUAGCAGAAAAUGCCAUAUUUUAGUUUGUUCCCUGUAGAUGAUGUGCUGACUUCUUAGAAAAUCUUAGAAGAACAUAUCAUUUUUACGGGGAGUGUUCCAACUUUUCCAAAUCUAAAUAGCCUGAGAAUUUAACUUUGGACAAAAAAACGGCCACAUAGUUCACUAAAGACUGUUUAUUUUUCAAAAUCUUAAUGAAUCGGUGCUUUUUUACAUGCCUGCUGACUUCCAACACUUGACCUUCAACAGAAAUAUCACUGAACAGCUACUGAAACAGUUAGCCAGACCACGCUACACCUAGCAUUUCACUGUCUCGCCAGCAAACGUGGCUGACCGUCCACUGUACGAUUGUGCAGAGAAGAAAGAAAUGCUGAAAUCCUGUUACUGUGUGGUGGGACUGAUAAAUAUGGUGUGACAAAGAACUGAUAACAUGCAGUGAGAUUACGUAGUGAAUCUCAUGGCUUUUGCACAUUUAGACCUCUAAGGUUAAGUUACUGUAAAAAUACUGUAAUAGGGCUACAUGGAGAUGAGCAAUACUACAUGAGUCAGGGCGUUCCUUCCUCCUUUAACCCCGAAGCAAUAACAUCCGGUAGAUUUUGGCAAUAAGCUUAUGUAGGACAGACUCACUGACCUCAUAUUGAACUCUCGAGGUUGCACCAUUGAUGCAAGAUCGAACGAUUUGGGUGCGAUUGGUUGGUUUGUUUCCCCGUAAAGCAGAUGUUAAGUUUUUGACUCAGGGAGGCUUCAAAGGGCAACAAAAUAAAAAGACCUGUCAAACUGUGAUCUCCACAUACAAACUAGAGUAAAACUAUGGCUCAUCACUAACGUAUCCUGCAAUAUCAAGCCCUGAUUUGAAGGUGAUGAUGCUGUGGUUCUGGUAUGUUAUGUGUGUAUAUGGAAAAGAAAGGGAGACUUGUUUUGUAAUUUUGCAUAUUAUGUGUUCGUUUGAUUUAAUGAGAGACUAUUUAUUUUGAUCUGUGCACUUUAUAUGUAAAUAAUCUGUUUUUUAUAUUUUGGCAUUGUGUUACUGAAUCGUUUAUAAGCUACAAUGUUGGAAGGAUUUCCAAAUGUACAUUAAAUUUGAUUUUACU